UUUGGUUGGGGCAACACUCACACCACUUUAAAAUAUAUAUUUUAAGGAAUAUUAUAGGUUUUUUCGGGACGAUGAAUGAAGCAAAUGCGAAGACCGAAAUUAUUAAGCGGAAGUGGAACCGUUGACACGCAGACAAGGAGGAGGUGGGAUUCACUGAGGAACACAGGAAGCAACCAUUGAAUUUAUUUAUUAUUUGUUUUGGGAAGAAUAUCGAGUUUCCUCACCAAAAUACGGAUUUUAUCGUUUUGAAGUCACAUCUGAACUGUACAUAUAAUCCCACUACAGUUUAUUGGAGAACAACAAGUGGACAAAGAUGCUGAUUAAAGUGAAGACACUCACAGGCAAAGAGAUAGAGAUUGACAUAGAGCCCACAGAUAAGGUGGAGCGGAUUAAAGAAAGGGUGGAGGAGAAAGAGGGGAUCCCUCCGCAGCAGCAGAGGUUGAUCUACAGUGGAAAACAGAUGAACGAUGAGAAAACAGCGGCCGACUAUAAAAUCCAGGGGGGCUCUGUUCUCCAUCUGGUGCUUGCUCUGCGAGGAGGACAGGCGCUCCACUCUCCCAGAAGCCUGUACUCCAAGCCUGCGUGGUAGCCGUCGCUUGGAAACAUGCCUUAGCUUUUGCGAUGCCUACACUGAGCGGAUACACCGGAAGACACGAGGGCCACCGGUUGUGGAGUCACCUGACGGGGAUUGUAGGCAACACACAGAGCCGUUGGUAGAAAGAGUUAGGGUCUACUUGUUGCAGCCAAAAAUAUGCUGUAGGACAAACACUUCCCCCCUCCCCCCCUACUGUAACAUUGCUCUGAGACCCUUCACACGUUAAAGCCCUAGCAGAGAAGGCAAAGUUACUCUCAGAAUUAAACUAAACAAAAGAUUUUACAACCCAGAGCUAAUUUGGCUGCUACAUUUAAGCCUCUGUCGCUUUCUGUGGCUCUGCAUGCAAGCACAGUGUUCAUCUUUGUUCCACUGAUGAUAAUACAGAGAUUACUGUAGCUUGGAGAUUCUUCCAGGAAAGCCUAUCCUUGGACCGUAGCCCCUUCGCCUUCAGAGCGCGACACAAUUUAAGGUUUACUUUUUCUUCUUCAUCCAUGUUUUAUUCUGUUCUCUACCGAUUGCCCACUUAUUUUUCUAUACUGAUACUGCGUGUAUCAACGUAUCAAAACACAUUUUCUUGUGUGGAGCACUCGUGUAGCUCAGGUUGGAAAGAUGGACAACAGUGUGUUUUAAAAAGUUUGACAUUUUUCAUUAACACAUAUUCGCUUUCUGGCAGAAAGAAGAUAGAUACCACUUUCAUAUUUGUCUGUUAAAUAAAAAGCAACAGCUGGCUUAGCUCUGUCCAACAGAAGCAAAAUCCUCCUACCAGCAACUCUAAACCUCACUUACUGACAACUUAUAUCUCUUUAAUCUGUCCAAAAACCAACAUUUAAAAUGGCUGUUGGCUGUUGCAAGAUAUAAUUAGUUAAUUAGUGAGCUUGGUAGGUACAUUUUGUUACCAUUGGAUACAGCCGGUCUAGCUGUUACUGGCUGCUGGUUUGAGCGUUAUCUUUAAUGGACAGAGAAUGAUAAAAACAAAUGUGCUAUCGACCUUCUCAUCUAACUCUCCGCCAUAAAGCGAAUUAGAGUAUUUCUCAAAGAUGUCAAACUAUCACUGUUAGGGGAAACUUUCUGGGUCAGGAAAACCUCCUGCCACUUAUCUUAAAUCAUGUACCACAGCGUUUGCUUUAUACAUGCUUCAUAAGUAGACUGAGUGUGUCCAUUCAGGAGGAUAAUGUUUUAUAUAAUUUCACAUGAAUUUAAUUUGUUGAGAUUAAUUAGUUUUUGUGCUGAUUGCACAUUUUACUGUUAUGAAGACAAGGAUCGUGCCAGCUGUGGUCUUGUCUGACAAUGGCUUCAGUUUACACACCGGUAGAUAUUGUUAGGUUUGUUUUUAUGUUGCUGUGUCAGUGCCCAUAUGUACAGAAUUGACCUAUGCUGUGGAUUAGUUUGUCAGUAGAAUAAACUCAUGUGGAAAAUG